UUGCUUCCUCAAGACAGGCGAUUAAAUAGAGGUUUGCAACGACACGGCAAGCAAAAAGCAGCAACGAGCUAGACACKGCUAAGGGCCUACUUCAGUUGCACCAAUUCUGUCGGACCUCGUCUCCUACUGGUACGCACAAACAUGGACGAAAAUGAUGACAACGACGUUUCUAUUCCGCCAUUGAGAACAUGUGGGUUGAGGUCAAAUGGAAAAACAAAUAGUAGUGGGAAGAAGAACCGCCUUCGACGCGAGAUUGAAUCAUUGCACCAGGAAAUGGAAGUUACAGGGUACGCAAAGGGGAAACUGGGACAUCGUCAACGGAAGGUUCCGCGAGACGUUUCCAAAGUUCGAACUCAAAAAAGGAAAAUGUUGGAAAAAAUCGAUGAUAACGAACGAGCACUUUUAGGAGAAGAGGAGGAACCCGAAAAUGACAACAUUGGUGAUAACAAAUCCGGAAAGAAGCGCCUCCGAGGUUCUAGAGCGGCUGCUGAAGAAAGCGUUAUUCGAGGAAGUUUGAUAUUUCAAACCGCUGUUGGAGUUGAAGAUGAUGCUGUUGACAGAGAGGAGGAAGGAGAAGAGGAAGAAGAUUGCGACAUCGAAAUUGGCGAAGAAAUGCAUACCAAAACUAGGAAUGAGAAAGAUAAUAAAUUUGAAGACAAAGAGCAAUCUUCUAAAAAGUCUCAAAAAACUCCGCAUCAUCGAAAAACGCCAAAAUCUAGUCGAUCUGGCGGACCGAGUACAAAAAAAAGACGGAAGAUGUAUCGAUUACGGAACUUUCAGUCCUUUAAGAUGGCACAAAAACACGGAGAUGCGCUCGCCGCGCAUGCAAGGGGACAACCGGGACUUGCGAUCGAACAAUUAAAGGAAGUCGCAAGAGGUGCUCCCUCUGCUCCACAAGUCUACUCGUCCCUUGGCAUGGUCUACGAAGAUAUGCUCAAGGAAAGUAGGAAACGGCAUCGACACGAGAUGGAGCUAUCUGGUGCUACUUCGUCAGUCGAAAGUACUAAACAAAAAACGGAAGUGAUACAAGCAGAAGAGAGUGACCAAGGAGAAUCGAAAGAGGAAUCGAUUCCUGAUCGCUUUUUGGCCAAUCAAUGCAUUCUUGCAACUAAGGCGUAUGGUUCUCAUCAUGUAGCAGCCAUUUUAUGCAAGAAAGAUUUUACAUUGUGGGUUCGGGCUGGUGAUUCAGCAAUUGAUAUCGCUGACGUUCAUGAUGAGGUGAUGAAAUUGCCGCAUCUUUCCGAAAAACUUUGCGAAUAUCACAGCAUGGAGAAACGACGAUGGCAAGACGAAGCUCUGAGAGAUUUUAUUGUUGCUGAUAAUUUGAAACCGGCAGGGAUUGAUGUACCUGCAAAAUUAGCUCUGAUGCAUAUGCAGCUUGGAAACUUGUCGGAGGCGCUGACCAUCCUUACAGAUCUGAAAAAUAGAGCAGGGUAUGAUUUUCAUUGUAGCUACAGAGCCUGGAUGCUUUACUCUGAUCUCAUGCUGCGUUUGGGACACGAAUGUAUUCAGUGGAAUAAAGGUAUACAAACAAAUGAAAACUAUAUGUUUCGAAGAUGGCUACGGAAAUUCUCAAAAAUAUUCGAUUGGCAGGAGCGUCGACUUCAGGCUUUAUCUCUUGCAUUUGAAGCGGCAGCUGGGACUGAGAAUGUGAAAAUAUUUCUUGACUGGAUUCGAAAUAGAAUUGUCGAGAAGACAAAGUGCGCUAAAGAGGUCAACUCGAAAGCACUUUCAUCCGAAAUUUCGACUCGAAACCAGUCCGAGCAAUUGAACGCUGAGUCAUCCCUCCCAGGGUUUCCAGAGAAACUGAAACAGGACUCAACAGAAUCGAUUAAAGAAUCAAAGCAGGGAGCUGGAAAAAAUGAAAAUACAGAGGGCAAAACAACACUGCACGAAAACGAAAAAGAAGGAUUCCAAGUAACGAAGGAGAAGAAAUUAAUGGAACUAAACCAUUCUCGAGAAUUGGAAGCUUUUGACAAAACAACAACAGAAAUGAACUUGGUCCCUGGGUUAGCAGCAGCGAAAGAGAGGGACCUUGCACGAAGUGUACUGUUGAAAUCACACGAUGCAGCACUCAGUAAAUUAUUGAAAGAAUAUGCGGAGAAACAAGAAGAUUAUGUUUCGAAUGCUAAAGGAGAAGAGGAGAAAAUUAUAGGGAUGAAUGCAGGUCCUUUACCUAUUUCUGGGUCGAUAAGAAAAGUCUGUUCAAUAGCAUCAGAACUUAUGAAGCAUCUUCUUGGACUAGAAUUAUAUGAUGGUGCAAAGCUUGUUGGAGAUGCUGUUUCUUUUUAUAUGAAGCAAAGAGCAUGUCGAUACGAAGUAAAGAUUGAAGCCAAAAAGAAAGCUGAUGAAUGGCAGCGAAAAAUUCUGGACUCACCAUUUUUUAUCGACUCCUAUGACGAUGGGAACGUGUCGAAUGACGAGAUUGAUUUGCCAUACUUAUCUGAUGACGAAACACUUCUCAAUGAUGUUGAAGAUUCUCCGCUUAUAGAAUCUUUACGCAAGGGAGCUUUGACACCAGAAAUCCGUGUACUUUACGGCUUGGCUCUCAUAGGUGAAGGGGGGCGUAAUUUUAUCGCGGCCAAGGCUCUAGAAGCGAUUGAUGACUUGGAACAGGAAUCAGAAGAAUGGUUUUCCGAGGACGAGAGCAAAAGAAAGCAUAUGGUCGAACCUUUUUGGGUCUUAUUUCGUAGAGCCAUGACGGAAGAACUUCGCCGCACCGGGGCGUAUGCGUUCAUCGCAGAUGUCCUGAGAAAAACGAACAAAGAAUAUGAAUGGGGUUUUCAUUUUGCACCGUUGUUUCGCCGUCACCUAGAGAGUUUGAAACACAAGGGUUCGGUUGAUAAACUAUUGGGUUUGAGAGAAAAUGUAACACCAAAUAUGACGUUCAAAAAGAAUCAGCUAUUGAAAGUGAUUCUAGAGGCUUGUAAAUUUGAAAUGUAUAUCAUUGACGAGCCACUAGAGACCAAAUACGCGUUCAACAAACUUCCUUCUCUCAGUAGGAAGAAGCGAACGGAUAUUGCGCAGUCUGUCUUGGCUUCAAUAGUAAAUAUUAUUCCGUUAGCAUGGUGCAUUGAAGGCAACGGAAACCUACCCCCUAUAUGUGCAGAGGUAAGCGAUACUGUCGGACUUUUGUGUACGUUCUAUCUCAUUGAAUCUGCUUACCGUCGUUGUUGUUCAAUAGAUUGUCAAGGUUUUGGCCAAAUGUAUUGGUUGGCUUUCGACUAUGGUUUUGGACGAAUUGCCGUACUCAGCUCUUAAGAAACUGGCUGAUCAGUGCACGACAGUUGUGUCAUACUUCUGCGGUAACUCGAUUUCAAAAUUCAACGAUACCGAAGAGAGAGACAUGAGAGUACUGGAAGAGUCAGAAACCUUUCCUGUGAUGUCAUCGUGGCAGCCAACAGAAUUGAGAAUGCUUUCAAUCUGCACGUACAAUUUUGCUGUCGCGUGCAAUGUUUCGCUCUUUUCCGGUUGGGAAAGUGAGGAGUUUACGAUGAAAGUAUUAAGAAAACGGCAAGGCCAACUCAGACAUUUUGGAGUGCAUAUUGGAGAUAGAAGACUUUCUGGUUGUCUACCAGAUGUGAUUGAAGACGAGUUGAACCGGCAAUGGAAUUUAUUAUCCAAAAUCCAACCUUCAUAUCCUAAGUUAGAUUUUGCUGAAAAGAUGAAAUCGAUCAAACAAUCUGAAUGGUUCCAGUCCGAAAGCAAAACUCGACAAGAAACUCUUCGCCACGCACCAAUUGCGAGUUAUGCGGAAGAAGAUGCCCUGCAGGUUUUUCUGGCUUAUACAGCCAUUUGCAUCCAUCUAUCACGGUCUGAAACGGAUAAAAGACUUUCCACUAGGUCGCAACAGUUGGCAUUGAGCGUUUUAGUACCACUUGUAAGUGUUACUAUUCAGUAUUCUUUGGAGUCAUAACUGUGGCGUAUUGUCCUCUCACAUCCUAUUUAUCCGAAAAAGUCUCAAUUUUGUUUAGAUGAAACUUUGUGGGAUUCUGACAUUGGAGAAGCCGCUACAACUCUUGCAAGCUACGAGGAAUGGCAGAUUAUGGCUGGUAGAGCGCACUACCAGCCUGUUGGUGAACGUGAGGGUGUGUACCAGAAAAGGAUUCGAAAAUCUAUGAAGAGAGAAGCCGGGAAAAGAAUACUAUACGAUAAGAAAGUUCAAGAAUGGAUCGAAGGGGCCUUGAGUCCAACUUCUAAGGAUUUUAUUCAGAUUCCAAACACAGAGCUAAAAAUGUUAUGGGCACACGCAGAUUGUUCGAAAGAGACGCUGGUAGGAAUGCAAUCCGAAGGCGCUGAGGAGCAAAUGAGAAUAGUUCACAAGGCUAUGAACGGUCUACGAGCGUGUUACACAUACGCUGCAGCAGAGAAAGCAUGCUUGAACCUGUCGGUCGCGCUUCUCGAAAUGGCGGCAGUUUCAGAUUGCAAUGAUCCUUUCAGUUGUUUGCAGCAAGCUGCAUUAUUUGCAAGUCAGGCUACAAAAUCUGGAAAUAGUGACACUCAGUACCGCCAAAGCCUACCUGAGAUGACUAAAUGUAGUCCAACAGAGGCGUUGAUUAUCAUUGGUAGGGCUGAUUGCCUGCAAGCAGUAUAUUUUCCCAACGAAGCGGCCUACCUUUGCAGCUUCGUUGCCCGGGUAUGUCGGUUGCAUCGAGAUUCACGGGAAGUCAAUUUCAAAUGGAAUGAUAGAUGGAAAAUAGUCGGAAUAUAUGCUUACAACGUUAGUGUUAUGAUUCGCAUUACUGUCAGUAAUAUUCUAAAUCAGACGAUGCAAAAAGCAUUUAUGGCCGCAUGGGAAAGAGAUGUUGUGGAAGAACUGGAAAGGGGAAGAAGAGAUGGCAGAUCUUGGAUAAACGCUCUAUCAAGAAAUGUUAAAGAUAUAGGUCUGGAAUCUGGGCUAAAGCUUGAUCCCUCACGUGCUAAAAAUGUUGAAAAACUUCAAGGGGCUGAUAGUGUAGGUCGACUGGAACUAGAUGAACAAUCGGGUGUAGACUUGGCGUCACAAAGAACUCAGAUGCAAUUUCUCCAUACAAACUACGAUUCAAACGUUCAAUUCGAACCUGAAGAACUUAAAAAGAAGGUAAGGCAACUAUUAGGUACACAAAUUGAUGACGGUGAUGAUGGCAAAAAGGUGAAAGACAUUGUUCAAUAUUCAGUUUAGUCACAAUACUGUAAUGAAAGAUUUGAAGAUUUGCUCUGAUAGAUAUUUAAAUCAGUUGAAAAGUUACUGAGGCGUAUGUUGUCCGUCUUUGCGAUAACCCUAUCAUGUUUCUUCUUCUCUUGGAGAAAGUCACGGGGAAAUUAUAUCCGAGGGAUCCGAAGUGUAAUAACAAGAUCUUCCAUCCAACGAGACAAACAUCGUACUUCUGGUCUUUUCGUUAUAGUAAGCCUUAAAUCCUGUGUUCGUAUUAGCAUGUUGCUUGAUGGUCUCGUCAAGCAAACCUGAAUACUCAUCAAUAUCUUGGAACACCUUUUCUACGGGUUCGGCGACUGACUCUGGAAUAGUAUCAGCAGCUAUGACUUCCAAAGACGAAGAUCCUUCCACAAAUCCCUCAGCUUUCAACUGCUCUACCCAAUUUCGAACUCUAUCGCUAGUUAGCUCCUCCUGGUUCACCGCAUCACAAAGAAGACCACAGAAUUUGUCGCCGCGAAUGGAUUUUGAGUCUUCAUGUUCAUACCCUUCCGUGCUAGUAUAACCGAACAGUUUUGCACCCAAGUUUUGAAAGACAUCAUGUAGCUCACCCGUUCCAUCGGCAAAAUUUUCAGCGUAUGAGCACUGGUCACCUAGGCCAAAUACAGCGACGUGUUUACCUUCGAUACUCAAUUCUGACAUAGAAGUAUAGUAUAUCUCAUCCCAUCCAGUUCCAGACCGCUCUGUAUCUGCACCAGUAUUCCAGGUUGGUGUUCCUAAGGUAGGAGAUAUUUUUUGAUGCGGUGAGUUCUCGGUAACUUGAAUUAAUCCAUAUAAAUUAACUUUCUUUGGGAUCUUAUUUCCUUACCACAAAUAAUUGAAUCGUACUUUUCAAAAUUAUCCUUUACAGAACCUUCUAAGGUUUCUACAUCGAAGGGCCCAUCAGCUUCGUCACCGAAAACUUCUUUGAUUUGAUCUGCCACAUCUUCUGUAGAUCCGGUACUUGUCCCAUAGAAUAUCCCGACGCUUGCCACAUCAAGCGACGUAGACGAAGAAGGACGGUUUUGCCGCGGAACAACAAAGGCAUUAGUUGAAGGAGUUCCCGCGACAAGAAUGAGCUUGAUCAAAAAAUAAAUUCUCAUUGCACUUGUGCGAAGUUAUGAUUCCAGAAAAGUGCUCCUCUUGAUUCCUGUUAGAGUUUUUUUCAGAUGUAAGAAUAAUAUGGUUGCGUUUUGCUGGGUGGCGUCGAGGUUCUCUCAAAAAGGAGAAGAAAAAUAGAUCAGAAUGCAAUUA